CCUCGGAAGUGAACAGUAAAAAGAGAAACAACAAGGACAGACACUGCCUAGCGAGCUAUAAUGUCCGUUUAAAACAUCUACAGAGGAACAGCUCACGGCAGGUUUGCCUCGCUGGUGUUUCAGAGCUGUGCUAAAACGUAAGUUUGUUCAUUUCCCCCUCCAAUACGCCGCGAAGACUCGCUAGCACUCUCUGCACCAAGACUAGCCUGCUCGCUAGGCUAGCUGAUAGCCGCAACCCGAGCCUUCUAAACAUUUUUCCAGUUCCAUGGCAAGAGUUUCAAAAUAUUUCUAGUAAAAGUGUCGUGCACUUGCCUGUCCCCAUGCAGUGAUGGUCAAGAUAAAUAACUGUCCAUGGCAUCAUGCUUUUGUCUCACUUGUGCAUGUGAAGAAGUGGUUGGCACCAAUUGUGCUGCUGUGCUAACCUGAGCCUGACUCAUUUGUUCUCUUGAAGACCAGUGGAGCCUGUUCUAAGUGAUGACGGGCCCCUGAGCCUCCUCAGUUUAGGCAGACUUUGGGAUUUCGAGAAGGACAGACAUCAUGGCUGGACACUGGGAUCCAGUGGAUAUAAGCGCUGGGAUUUCUGUGGGUGAUGUCGCAAUGAAUGACCAAAUAUGUGAAGAGACUUGCUAUGGAUCUCUUUCUUCCCAUUCUGUUUUUAGUCAGUCACAGACAAGGGAAAGCGGUGAUCCAGCAUCCGAGGAGGUGCUGGACAAUCUACAGCAAGAAGACUCUGGUUACAUGGAAGCAGUGGAGGAUAAGGAGAAAGCGGAAGAAAGUGGGUAUACAAGAACAAAUGGCAGGAUGGAUCAGCUGGAGGAAGACGAGAAUAGCGUGUUUAAUGAAACUGAUGAGAAAGGAUGCAGAAAUGGAGAAAAGUUCAACAAUGAGUCUGGAUCUCGGAAUUCUGCAUCAGCGAAGAAAGGGAAGUCCAAGAAAAGUGGAUCAGGUUCAGGGCCAGCUGAGCAGUGUUCGUCAUGGACAUCCCCAUCAUCCGUUUCCUAUAAAUCUUGUCUGUCCUCCUCUGGAGCGAGCAGGCACAAGCAGGUCCGUCGACGGAACCACCACCAUCACAACCAGGGCCGCUUACGAAGGCAGACUGGUGCCCAGUUGAUGGCAGCAUUCCGUGAGUUCUUAGCGGAGUCUGUCAGCCCGUGGACUAUUUCCUGUAUCCACAUGGUAGUGGACCUCAUUGUGUCUUUGACCCACCGCUGUGGGAUCGCCGUAGAAUCAGGAGCAGUUGCACUUUAUGACUUUGGCUCACUCGUGUUCUUCAAGGUCACGGAUAUCUCCGGAAUGAAGCAGGAUCUAAGACGAAUUGCAGACUGGACCUGGUGCAUGGGUGCAGCUCUUGUAGUUUGGGUUAGUAAGGCCACAAGCAUGGCCCAACGAGGCAUUGUGUCCAGUUUUGGUCUCCUGAGUGUAGCAGUGUGCUUGGGUGCCCGAUUGAUGAAAAGUGUUUUGGAAAGGCUGGGUGGAGAAAGAGGAAGGCGAUGGUGGCUUGCUCUUCAGAACUGCUGGGUGUGGAAGAAAGGAGCCAUGAUUAUUGGAAGGGUUAGAGGAUGGUUCUGUAAGCGCAGCUCCUCAGAUGAAUCAUCAAAUCCAGAAUCUCCCUACAGAGAUAAGUGUCAGCCUGGACAAGAGCUUGAGAGACUGCUGGCACUGGCGCAGGUCCCUGAAGAUGAGCUGGACCCCUUUAACGUCCUGGGUGUGAACACCCAUGCCACAGAGUCUGAACUUAAGCGAGCCUAUAGGCAGCUGGCUGUACAGGUCCAUCCAGACAAGAACAAGCACCCACGUGCUGGCGAGGCUUUCAAAGUCCUUAGAGCAGCAUGGGACAUCGUCAGUAACCCAGAGACAAGACGGGAGUAUGAACUGAAGCGAAUGGCAGCAACAGAGCUAUCCAGAUCAAUGAAUGAGUUCCUGACGAAGCUGCAGGAUGACCUGAAAGAAGCCAUGAACACCAUGAUGUGCACCAAAUGUGAAGGCAAGCACAAGCGCUUUGAGAUGGACCGGGAGCCCCAUGAAGCCCGGUUCUGUGCUGAGUGCAAUAAACGACACAGUGCUGAGGAGGGAGACCUGUGGGCAGAGUCCAGCAUGCUGGGCCUGCGGAUCACAUACUUUGCCUUUAUGGAUGGCAAAGUCUAUGACAUAACUGAGUGGGCAGGUUGCCAGCGGAUAGGAAUCUCUCCUGACACACAUCGUGUGCCCUACCACAUCUCUUUUGGUUCCAAAAGUAACAGUGGCACAAACCGCCAUAGAUCCCCUUCAGACCAUCCGCCAGGUGCAGGCUCACCUGCAGACCUACAGGACUUCUUCAACCGUAUCUUCCAGGGGGGUUCUCCCGCUGAUGCUUCCUCCAACGGUGGGUUCUUCUCCUCAGGAACGCCUCCCCAUCAUCCCUCAGGGGCUGGCGCAGGGACUGGUGGACUGUUUUCAGGUCCCCCUCCCCAGCCAGGUUUCUUUAACCCUGGGGCACAACGAGGAGAAGCUAGUGAAUGUUGGACUGAAGGAGGAAAACACCCACGCCGGCGGAAGAAGGCACGCAAGCCUUUCCAGCGCUGAGCGAUGCCAUAGCAUGCUCCGACAACCUUGCAGGAGGAAGACGGACUGCAGCAGAGCGCUGCCACGACCUGGCCUGACGGACUUGUGCUGGGGCACAAGGACAAAAUGGGUUGGGUUGACCUCAGAAGAAUGUUUCAGUGUUGGUGUGUCGAAUCUUUUCAAUGCCAACAGGAACUAGCUGAAAACUGUGCUUUGUUUGAGAAGGCUGGCGAAAGAAAAGAUCUACAAUUGUAGCCUUUUUGUCGGAUAAUUUUCAAGCCCUUUCUUUUUCUAUUUGUGUUUGGAAAUGCACAGCUUGACCAUGCCACUCGUUCAAUCGUUUAAUGUGUUAAAUGAUUCGCAGAAGGUAAAUUUCCAUGGCCUUUCGUAUGUUUUUGCCAUGCACAGUUAGAAGAUGGCAUGGUUUUUCAUGAUGAAGUUUGCAUAUUUUUAUUUUUUUUGCCAUUCUUUGUAAAAUUUUUUGCAUCAGUGUUUAUGAUUCUUCUGUCGACCAUGAAUACACCUCAGGGAUGACUAUGGUGCGGUCACAGUUGGUCUGCAGAGAACAGAGAGAAGAAGCUGAUGAUCUGAAGGGCAGUUCAGAAUUCGAAAUAUACAUGGAAUUUGCACAGAGUACAGUAAUGAUAGUCCCCACCCUCCUGAAGAUGGUCAGGAGGAACGCUACUCUGUCAUUACUCUGCCCAAACUCACACCAGUUCACUUCUGUUUACACUUGAAUGACUUUUGAAUUACUUUAUUGUUCUUUUUGUUUGUUUUUUUAGAGUUUUGGUCAUGCUUUGCGAAACAGAUGUUAGACACACAACUAUCGCCAGUCCUCUUGUUUCUGCUAACUGCUUUGUUGGCUGAACUGAAUGAGCUGCUCACUGAAAUUUAGUUGGAAUGAUAGAAAAAUUGAAAAUAAGCACUUUUUGCAGUUUGUUUCUUGCUAAGCAGCAAGCGAUUUAUAAUGAACACAGAUUCUAAAAUACAUGUCAGAACCUGUUUGGUUUUUAUUCUUUUUGAUUUACUGUAUUUGAAUUACUGUAUUUGAAUUAAAUCUGUUCAAAUCUAUUGUAAACCAUAUUUAGGCAAAAAGCAAACAGCCUGCUUUCUGAAAAGUGUUUUUUUUUUUUUUUUUGCACAAUGAUCUUGAUAAGACGGUAAUCUAAGAACAAUGUUUAAUGGGCUUGGUCUUGAUACAGCGAUGGUCUUAAUACUGUCCAGAUUGAUAUUCAAGAUCUUUGCCACUUUCUAUUUAUUCCACAAUACCUUCCUAUGUUUAUUUUCCACCUUGUUGCUUCAGCACUCUUAAAAAGAUGGUUCUUUGAGUUCUUUAGUAAAGAAAAUGGUUCUAUAAAGAACCAUGAACACUCAGAGAACUUUGCAUGAUUAAAACCCUUUCAACCCUUUUGAAAAGGGUUCCAUAAA